UCUGUCUCCUCAGCAGGAACAUUUGUAGUGAAUGUGACACAGACCUCCUAUCAGGCAGAGGAGAACCACCACAUCACACUGGAGUGGACCUGACGAGUCCAGUUUGACAAAGACGUCCUCAGAGAAGGACGAAUCAGACUUCAUGUGUCCAGACUCAGGACUGAGGACUCAGGCCAAUAUCAGUGUGGAGUUAUCACAAAUUAUGGUUGGAGCGAUGACAGAUGUCAACUCAACGUCACUGCAGCUGUUGAUGACUCCAAACCUCAGAGACCACCUAGGAAACCAGAACCAGUGAACUGGGGAAUGAUCGGUCUCUACGUUGGAGUUGGAGCAGCAUUUCUAGUGGUUGUCGGUCGUGUAGUCUGCUGUGCUGUCCGUUGUUGUUCAGCUAAAUCUGAUGAUAAGAGACGAAACGUCAAUGGAGUAGUAUAGAGGUUAAACCCACCAGGUCAAACAAGGUCUUGUCUGGAGGACCCCCUCUACCAGAAUCAGUCCUCAGACUGGUUCAAGUCCUGAGUAAGAAAAGCAACAGACAGAAUCAAAGACUUUGUUCCUCCAUCAGCUGUUUUAAUUGUCUUUUACAGACUUGUUAUAAAGGAAUUGUUCAUGGGUUUGAGUUAAACAUCAAUAAUAAUGUCAGUGUAAAUAAUGUUUCCAUUGUCCCAGAUACACGUGUCAUAUUUGAUAUCAAACACAUUUUGACAGUUCUGCCUUCAGACUCAUUUCCUCUCUCUGCUCAGAAGGUAUUGUUGAGAUCAGUCUGUGUUUAUUUAUUUGUAUUUUUUAGUCAUUGGUUUGAUAUAGUUGACAAAAGGUUUUACUGUUACAUUCAUUUACUGUAACAACAAUCAAUUGUAAAUGAUUUCAAAAUCAUAGUUUGUCCUUGUUAGGAAAACAAACUAAAUUUAUAAAACAAUAGCUGAAGUUUGGUUUGAAAAAAACAAAACACGGAGUGGCGCGUAAGCACUACGUCAUCGACCCGCGCCAAACAAAGCUCCAUGUGCAAGAGGAUCCCCACAGCGGAGAAAGUUUAGUUUUUAAUUUUUGUAGUUCGUCAUAAAAACAGGUAAAAACAUAGACGUGUAAGGGUUACGUUUUACCGUAAAGUCGCGUUGUUCGGUUUCGAAGCUGAAAAACUGAAAUUCCCGCGAAGAACAACAAAGAAGAAGAGGAGGAGAAGAAAGAAAAACAGAAACCCCGGUGUUUAAAAAUUAAAGUCCGGUGGAGCAGGAGGAGAAAAGUCUGUGUUUUAAAGGAUGUUUCUUUCUGUUUCUGCUGUGUGACGAAUGGAAGAAGAAACUGAUGAGUGAGGAAAAGAUGGAGAGAGAGCAUCAAGAAAGAAUAGAGGAGGAGAGAAGACUAAAAACUCCAUCCAGGAGAAGAGAGGGAGAAGAGGAGGAGGAAGAGGAGGAGGCAGAAAUGAUGACGGCCAAAGAGUUUAAAGACAAAGCACAAAGAGAUUUGAUUGGUGGACAGACUCCAAUCUCCGCCUCCUCCUCCUUCACCUCCUCUCCUCUCCUCCUCUCCUCUCUCCGCCGAGGAAGAGGAGGAGGAAGAGGCGAAGACGACGGGGAGGAAGACGAGGUCAGAGUCGCCAUAGUCACCAUCGAGGACGAGUCCUGUCCAUCAGAGCCCUUCGGCACCACCCACCUCGAAACGGCCAAUCAGAUCACACGGACAGAGGAGGCAGGAGGCAAAGAGGAGAAAGAGGAGGAACAGGAGGGAGAGAUGGAGGAGGAGAUGGAAGAGGAGGAAGAGGCAAACAGUGAUGAAAAAGAGGAGGAGGAAGACGAGAAAGAUGCAGAGGUGACGUCACCAUCGCUGCACCUGCAGAGCCAGAUGAAGAGGAAGUUGGAUCAUGGUCCAGACGGUCGGCCGUUCCCUUCAGGGAAGAAACACUGUAAAGGCAACGGAUACCUCAGUCCUUCCAGUCUGGUUCAAGCCACGCCCACCACAUUUGGCGACCUGCGACUGGCCAAUGGGCACUCGGCUCAGCGGCGGCGGGUCACCUCGGGUCCACCUCCUUCUGGUCUGCAGGACUGGCUUCACACCUUCCAGGCGUGGAGUGGUCCUGAGAGGCUAUUGGCUCUGGACGAGUUGAUCGACAGGUGUGAGACCAGUCAGGUGAAACACAUGAUGCAGGUCAUCGAGCCCCAGUUCCAGAGAGACUUCAUAUCCCUGUUGCCCAAAGAGUUAGCUCUGUAUGUGCUGACCUUCCUGGCUCCCAGAGACCUGCUGCAGGCCGCUCAGACCUGCAGAUACUGGAGGAUCCUGGCUGAGGACAACCUGCUGUGGAGGGAGAAGUGCCGCGAAGAAGGUAUAUCAGAGUGUGUGUCAUCCCGUCGCAGGAAGUGUGCGAGGCCAGGUGCGGCGGUCAGUCCGUGGAAAUCGGCCUACAUCAGACAACACCGCAUCGAGAACAACUGGAGGAAGGGGGACACACGAGAACCCAUGGUGCUGAAAGGUCACGACGAUCACGUGAUCACCUGUCUGCAGUUCAGCGGUGACCUGAUCGUCAGCGGAUCAGACGACAACACACUCAAAGUCUGGUCGGCCAUCACCGGCAAGUGUCUGCGCACGUACGGUCACACUGGCGGAGUGUGGUGCAGUCAGAUGGCGGUCGCCACGGUGAUCAGCGGCUCCACGGACAGGACGCUGCGUGUGUGGGACGCCGAGAGCGGAGAGUGUGUCCACACGCUGUACGGACACACGUCCACUGUGCGCUGCAUGCAUCUCCACGGCAACCGGGUGGUGUCGGGCUCUCGGGACACGACACUGCGGGUCUGGGACGUGUCGACGGGUCGCUGCGAGCAUGUGCUGACGGGCCACGUGGCGGCGGUGCGCUGCGUUCAGUACGAUGGCCGCCGCGUGGUGUCGGGCGGCUACGACUACAUGGUAAAGGUGUGGGACCCCGAGACGGAGGCGUGUCUGCACACACUGCAGGGACACACCAACAGAGUGUACUCGCUACAGUUUGAUGGCGUAUUUGUGGUCAGCGGUUCAUUGGACACUUCAAUCAGAGUCUGGGACGCAGAGACAGGUGGAUGUGUCCACACGUUGACCGGCCACCAAUCGCUGACCAGUGGCAUGGAGCUGCGAGACAACAUCCUGGUCUCGGGGAACGCCGACUCCACGGUCCGAGUGUGGGACAUCCGGACGGGACAGUGUCUCCACACACUGCAAGGGCCUAACAAGCACCAGUCGGCGGUGACGUGCCUGCAGUUCUGCCGAGGUCUGGUCCUGUCCAGCUCCGACGAUGGGACAGUCAAACUGUGGGACCUGAGGACUGGAGCCUGGCUGAGGGAUGUGGUGGCGCUUCAGAGCAGAGGAUCAG